AUGGACUUGAUACAACUAAAUAUAAUACUACUACUAAUACUCCUUGUUUAUUCAUUUUUUACAAAGAACAGGAGAUUCUCAAAGGAUGACCCUAAAGGACCAUGGGCAUUACCAUUGUUGGGUAAUCUACAUCUACUUGGAGAUAAUCCACAUAGGAGUUUGACGGCAUUGAUGAAGUAUUAUGGUGGCUUCUAUCGUAUAUGGAUGGGCGAUCAUUAUACUAUUGUGGUCAGUGAUCCACAGUUGGUCAGAGAGGUAUGGGUCAAACAGUUUGACAACUUUGUCAAUCGUCCACAUCCCGCUUCGUUCGAGAUCUACUCGGGCAACUUCCAAGAUUUGGCCUUUAGUGAUGAAGAACUGUGGCGCAAGAGUCGUGCACUCGUCUCCAACUCAUUCACCAAGACCAAGAUGAAGAUCAUCUAUGGACAUCUUGACAAUCAGAUCGAUCAGCUGAUCGCAACCAUGAAGAAUCAUCAAGGAGUCCAACAUCCAUUCUACUGCAGACCAUAUUACAGCAAGUUCGCACUCAACAUUAUAUUCAAGUUGUUGUUCUCUGAGCAGAUUGAGUAUGAGGAGAGCGUGAAUGAGGGAAAGAUGGCAAGAUUGACUGGACCCAUUGCCGUGGUGUUUAAGAAGUUGGGCUCUGGCAGUGUCGAUGACUAUGUCUCUUUGCUCUAUCCAUUCUUUUACUUUUCAAGACGGUCAUUCAAUGCUGAAGUGAUGAAGAUCAAGUCAUUCAUGCGCGAAGUUUAUGAUGAUCAUGUUGCCAACCUCGAUCCAGAGAACCCCAAAGACCUCCUGGACCUAAUGAUCAUCGAAUCUGAUGGCAACAACAUUGACAACAUCCUACAUGUUGGAAUGGACUUUAUGCUCGCAGGAUCCGACAGCACUGCAGGAACAAUUGAAUGGUUCUGUUUGUUCAUGAUUAACAAUCCAGAGAUACAAGAGAAGGCCUACAAUGAGUUGGUCACUGUGAUUGGAAAGGGAUGUAGACCAGAUGUUAAGCAUCGCGCCAACACACCAUAUAUCAAUGCAGCCAUCAAGGAAGUUAUGAGGAUGCGACCCAUUGGUCCAUUGGGCAUUCCAAGACAGGCCAAGCAAGACUGUAUGGUUGGCGGAUACUUUGUUCCAAAGGGAACUCAGAUGAUCCAGAACAUCUACGGUCUGGCCAACAAUGAUCAAUAUUGGAAGGACCCACUAGUGUUCCAGCCCGAGAGAUUCCUGGACAACUCACAUCCAGAUCGUUGUAUUGCCUUUGGCAUUGGCAAUCGAAAUUGUGUUGGACAGAAUCUGGCACAGGAUGAGCUGUACAUUGCCUGUACCAAUAUCCUGAUGAACUUUAGGUUGAAGACUGUUGAUGGGCGAUCAUGUGACGAGACAGAGAUCUUUGGAUUGACGAUCCAUCCAAAUCCCUUCCCAAUGCACAUUGAGGAGCGUGUC